AUGCAAAAGCUGCCGUCUGCGGCCAGCAUUGGAAAUACAGGACCUUCUCGUCAACAAAAAGACCAGCACCGCAAGCGCAAACAUGUUCUUGCAGCAGAAGCCAGCCCUGUUGUUGCCUUCGAUGAGGAUUUUGGACAGACAGCGCGUCAUAGGGGCGCGUCCCGGCCGCCUCAAUCAGACUCUCUGAUAGAGCAACGCUUUUACGAAAGGGACAAGGGACAUUACUGCGAAUCAGGUGGUAGUAUGAAGCCUCCUACUAGCUCUCCGACAAAUCAUCAGUUCGAGAAACGUCCUCGGUACAAGACGAGAAGUGAUCGGUACGACGUUGUCAGGAACGACAAGUCAGACAGGGAGAAGUCGAAGGAGGGAAAGAGCAGGAAGCCGAGGGGAGACACCAAGAAAGACAGGAAGACAAGGAAUCAGAUGACUUCUGCAAAGGAGGCCACGGACAACUUCAAUUCCCAGUCCAUCCUCAGUAAUAGAGUCACUGUUCCACCAUCUUUUAGCCCUGGGUUGUUUGGCAAUGGUCGAAGAUCUGGACGAUUGGUGACCGACCUCGCCUUUCAUGAGAUGUCUUUUUUGAAACAGCCUCGUCAAGAAGCCCGAAAAUCUCUUUCACGCAAUCGCGAGUCUCAAAGAAAGAGGGACGACCGCCAAUUUGAAGAGAUCUCGGCCUUUUUCGCUCCAAAGGGCCCUCCAGAACGGCAUGAUGCGCAAGACAGGAGGCAGUCAGUUGCCAGCGCGCUGUCGAGCUAUGAUGGGCGGACAGGCGGCAACUCAACCCACACUUCUGGCCACCAAAUCCUCAAAGACUGGCCGAACCUUGUUCCAACGAGGGAUCAGUAUGGUCCGAAGUUGGUCGGGCAGCAACCCGCCUUCUACGACUACAACCACCAGACCCAUCGAUGGUGA